GAGGAGAAGGAGUUCCCUGGCUGAGUGCGGCUGUUGUGCUGAGUGCCCGGCUAUGUAUGUACAGCGUGGCACUGCUGCUGCUGCUGCUAGUAGUGUGAAGGGAGAUCCCGGGCCGCUGCUGCCAUCUCUUCAGCUGCGCCCCCUGGCACCGCACCCUGGCAUUUCCUCUGAGCUCACAGAGUAUGACGCGGCUCCCACCAAUCCCUCCUCGGGAAGAGGAAGUUUCUGAAUAACGGUCAGAGUCGCUAAAGCCGGGAAGAAGCGCCCGGCACACGCACAGUCUGGUGCGGGCACUGCCAGGGCUGGGGAGGAAGUUCUGCUGCGCCCACCCUGCCCUGCUGCUACCGCUGCCUUGCGGACUGACCAUGGGAUGACAUCGCUCUGCCCCGGAGCAGGAUGACAGUAUAUUCACUGAAUCUGAAAGUGUUCUGGCUGCUGGUGAUCAUCCUGCUGACUGGCAUCUGGUGCCUGUUCCUGGCUCUGUGGAGAAGCAGCAAUGAGGAGGAGACCGGGGGCUGCCAGGACAACACGCUCAGCAGCUGGCAGCUGCUCUUCAAGCUGGGCUUGGUGAUGUUGGUGUGCUAUGUGGUGAUCAGAGGCUGCAGCCCAAUCAAACAGUGCCAGCCUGAUGGGAACCCCCUGAAUGUGGGCAAGCAGCACCAACAGCAGCUCAGGAAACAUCUGCUGGACUCCUUCUAUGAGCAGCACAUCAGGCUCUCCCCACAUGUUCUUGGCCACAGCAAGGCACAUGUCAGCCAGAUAGUGGGUGAGCUAAUCAAAGUGGGCAAAGCCAAGCAGCAGGAUACGGGCAUUACCUUCAGAGGGGACUUUGUACAGAUCGGCAGUGCCUAUGAGCAGCACAAAAUCAACAGUCCAGACUUCUUUGACAUCCUAGUGCCACUUAAGAUGCCACAGAGUCUCAAGCUGGAGCCUGUUUUUGCAGAGGUGGGUAAGGAGUUAGUGCCCAUGCUUCAUGGCUCCAUGGUUUGUGGGGUGGCGGCACCAAAAAAGUCAGAAUGGGUUAAAACAUACAAGCAGUUUAGUGAUUGCUUCUGCAUGGAGGCAGGCCUCAGGCACCAGCUGUCCUCCACUUCCGUCCUCAAGUGGUUUCACUGGAAGAUACAGAGAUGUCUCAACAUAAUCAGGUACCAGUUUCAGGAGAGGUGCCACAUUACGCUUUCAGUGUUUGAUGAUAAACUCAUCCUAAAAAUCCUCCCAAGGUCAGACUAUGUCUGCUGCCAUAUCUCCAUGUCUGUGAGACUUAUCCCGGCCUUUAACUUGGGAGACCCAGUCUACCUAAUUGCCCAACCUUGGGGAAACAUUUCCUGUCAGGAGACUUUACAGCUGGAUCCAUAUUGGGGCAUUAACUUCUCCAAAUAUGAGCAAAAGUUAUUGAACUGGUUUAAGGAUCAGGCCCCCUCCAACUCUUGUCACCUGAAGUGCCUACAGAUCAUGAAGAGUUUGAGGGACCUGACCGCAAAGACAUUCCAGCCUUCCUUCUCUUCUCAGUGGAAAGCCGUUUUCUCAUCCUACAACUUGAAAACAGCACUUUUUUACCUUUUCUUAAAAAUUCCUUUUGAAAAGUGGGAUGACUCAUUACUGAUGGAGAGGAUGGCCGACUUCUUUACGUUCUUAAAGGAAUGUUUGCAAAAUGAGGCACUAAUGCAUUUCUUUCUUGGUAACAGCAAUCUUCCUAAUUUUAUCAAUCUGCCAAAAAUGUUCAAAGAAGCGCCGCCAGUAAACCUACUUGACGGUUAUGGACCUAACUUGUUGGAUCAAGCCUGUUUCCAGCUCCUUAAUCUAUGGGUUCAAAUGCCUUGGUUCCUGCGGAUGAGUUCACCUCCAAAAAUCUUUAUCAGGGAGUCUAUCCGGUGCAAACACACACAUCUCUAAGCUACAGUAUAUACCAAAAUAGAAGGCCAAGAUGAAUAAUUCAUUGCACAAAAAAUGUAUGUGAGCAGUUGUUUAAGCAGGCAUUUCAGUCUUUUGCAAUGUAGAAUAUGUUUAAGAAUAUUUGCUGUGAUUAUCUUCCUUUUUCCAGAAUCCAAGUGCAUGAUUGUGCUAUUAGGUCAUAGACAAACUAACAUUAUUCAUGCCAAAGAGAUUAUUAAUACAGUUAUCUGCACACUGUUGUAGUACUACAUGCAAUGCUGUGACACAUAUUUGUGUAGCAUUUGUUGUAGAGUUAAUUUCACAGUUAAACCGUGUUAAUUUGAUUAUCUACCAUGGUUAUGAACCUUUUUUUUUAUUUUUAUAAGGGCCACCUAACACAAGAAAGAGAUCUAUCAACAGUGGAAUGCAAUUUUCAAACGGUGGGGCAGCCAUUUUGUUUGCUGAAUUGAGUCUAUUAGUUCACUAUACCUCAGUGAUGAUGGCACUUGUUGGUCAGCCAGCAUAGUGUCUGCCUCCAUUGUCUGUAGGUGACAUUCAUUUUAAUAUAAAAAUUGUGGAUGUGGCUCUGUCAAUUACUUUUGACUUCUGCUCAGGUAAUUCAGUCAGUCAUUAUUUCAGUUUUUGACAAACAGGCCGAAUAAGCUGACUUUUCUAAGCAAUUCUAAUGCAAGGUCAUUUGAUAGCUAUAUUUAACUCUUUAAUGACUGAUGGUCUUAAAGACAGGGUUCAUGUAAAGUUUAUCAAACAACUGCAUUAAUGACACGUUAGCAAGUAACCUUGCAUAUAAAAAGAAAAGCUGGAAAGUACAGUCAUUUAGCAUUAUGUAGUAAUGUAUUGAGCCUUGUGGAUGAUUUGCAUUUAGAUUGCUAGGAUUACAGAAUUUGGACUGAAAUGUGAAGAAAGGCACAAAGAUUAGUAUCCGGAUGAUAGAUAUAUACCGUGUCUAGAUAGUCAAAAGUUCAACACCAUAUGGUCGACAUGAAUUAGGACGACAGGGUCAAAAAGUAAACAGUGCUCAAGGUCGACAGGUACAAAAGGUCGACAUGACAAUGAUCAACACACAUUUGGUGGACACAGGUUUUUUGGGGGGUUUGACAUUUUUCAACUUUUCCUUGAUUUACUAUCCAUGUGAACUACAAUUGGCAGUAGUCACCUAUGUGAAGAGGAGUGGGAGCGGAGCGAGGCACUUUGCCUGAAGCGUGGCAAUCGAAGCAACCCUGCAAGGGUAUAGGUUUGCACUAAUUGUGGUCACAUAUGAUGAAAAAUAGAAAAUGAUACUCAAAAUUUUAUUUAAAAACUUUUUUUGUGUGUCGACCAUUUCCAUGUUGGCAUUUUGACCAUGUCAACCUUUUGAACUGUCUACCUUUUCCAUGUCACCCUUUUGACAUGUUGACCUAUUGGGUCAACCUAUUGACUAUCUAAUUCAUGUAGAUCUUGUAUACCACGCCCAAACAGAUCACGGGUGUGGAUUGUUGGGUCGACAGUAACUAGGUCGACAACUAUUGGUUGACAGUGACUAGGUCGGCACAUGAAAUAGGUCGACGCUGUCAUUAACUUUUUUUAUAAAUAGUGUUGUUUUCUUCGUAAAGUGACCGGGAACCCCAAUUAGUGCACCGUAUCCCCUCAUAUGGCGAGCGACUUCGGGCAAGGUUACUAUUCCCAAUCAUAGUCCACGUGGAUCGUAAAGUAUGAAAAAGUAAAAAAAGAUUUUAUUUUUUUUAAAAACCUCAUGUCGACCUUUUCACGUGUCGGCAUUUGCCAUGUCAACGUAAUGCAUGUCGACCAAUAGUGGUCAGCCUAAUGAGUGUCGAUCUAAGUGUUGUCAACCUAAAGACCGGUUACCACAGAUCACACAGUCAGUAUGCAAACCUAGAACAGCAUUUUGCAUCGGUGUAGGCUUAGAACAGGAUUCCUGUUUCUUUAACUUGAUUACUCAGCUUACAAAAGCUUGUCUAUAUGCAUUUCUUCACAUACCUGAAAUUUCUAUUUUUUUAUUAUUUAUUUUUAUAGUGCCAGCCAUAUUAUGCAGAGUCGAACUGCAAAAGAUGCAAUACUGAAUAGCAAAGCCGUGUCAUGCCUUUAGGCAAGUGGCAAAUAAUCCAGUAGCAUUUAAUGCCCAGAUGAUGUAAAAUUUGGGUUCGCCUUCCCUUAAUGAUGUUUUAAGUCCUCUUAGUGAAAACUAUGGGGAGAUUUAUCAAACCUUUUAAAUGGAGAAAUGAAGUUGCCCAUGGUAGCCAAUAAGAUUCAAGCUAUCAUAUACUGUAUCUAGUACAUUCUAUAAAAUGAGUGCUAGAAUCUGAUUGGUUGUUGCUGGCAACUUCUCCAUAUGUCCUUUUUAGAGUAUUUGCUAAAUCUUACACUGCACAUAUCAUAAACGUGAAUGCAACUCAGAGCACUGUGCCAUGGUACAUGAAAAGUGUUUACAUGUGCAGGCUUUAUAUAACCAUAAAUGCUUCUUGUUGUAACUUUCAGAUAUGUAAUGCUUUGUAGCAAGAGCCCAUAAGGUAUGCAAAACCAGGCAUUGCUGGAAACCAUUGGAGUGGUAACAAUUCGAUCAUACAACAAUAAUACAGCUAAAGGCAGCCUAAAUUGCUUGUAGUCUUUUAUAUUAAUAAUUUUGUCUGUUUUAUUUAAGGUGGGUACACACUAGGCGAUGUGCCCUAUGAGCGACGUCGCCUUGCGUGUUCCCUUCCCUGCCGGGGCGGUCGUCGUAGUGCGUACACACGAUAUCGCUCAGUGACAUCAUGCCGCGGCCGGGUAUGCAACUUUUGGAUGACAGUCCAAAUUAAGCUGCAUGCGGGUCCGACAGCGAGGAUCGUUAACGACCUGUGGGGCCACGCAUUGCUCGUCGUUCUGCAGUGUACACACUAGUCGAUAUGGUGAACAAUGUCGCUCAGAUAGGGCAAAAUGGGCGACGUCAUUUACUUUAUCGGCAAGUGUGUGCCCACCUUAUCACUUUUCCUGUUCUACAAAUCUUUGCAAAUAUACACCAUGUUAUCUGUGAUCUUUAAAAUGGCUGCUUCCUUCUUCCCUGUCACUGUCACUUUCUGAACUAUUAACUAUACUGUAAGUGCAUUUGCAAAACAGUGACCUCAGUAAUGCCUAUAUAUUUCAUAUAAGGGGCAAUUCAGUAGUCUUUUAUGCGGCAAUACUUAAUGGGAGCCUGACGGGGCAAUGUAAUUGUUUUUAUGUGGCACUAUUUAAUGGGUGCCCAACAGAGCAAUUCAUUUAUUUUUGGGAUACCAUUAAUUAUUAUCAUUAUUAUUAUUACAUUUUAUUUAUAAGGCGAAACAUGUGUUUCACAGCACCGUACAAAGGACAGUACAGGGAGACAAAACUUAGCAUUACAGUAAAUAAAUAACAAAAAUAGAGUACAGGUAACAAAGAGCACCACAAUUCUCAAAACGUAAUACAGCUAAGAUGUAAGUAACGAGGGAGUAAUCAUUGUACUACUUGGGGAUGACGGCCUUUACCAGCAGAAGAAAAAGCGGGUAAAGAUGGUCGCUGAGUAGAAGAAAAGCUGUGAGUGAAAUGUGUCGAGAAGAGGGCUUUGACAACAAGAAGAAAGAGGGGCCUGCUCUGAAGAGCUAACAAUCUAGUGGGAAGGGGCAACAGACAGAUGACAUGAGGUGCAAGCAAGUGGGAGGUAGCCUGUUGGCAGUAUGUAAGCAAAGCAGAGAUGUUCAAGGCAUGAGGCAGGGGGAUGGAGGAGCAGCCUCAGGACUAGGUUAUGCAUCGGAAGGGUACGCUUUGAUGAAUAGGUGGGUUUUUAGUGCCCGUUUGAAGCUUUGCAAGGUCGGGGAGAGUCUUAUACCACUUUCAUACCAUCUGAGGUGUGUCGCACCUGGGAGCGUGACACGGGAGCUCCCAGUGUGCUACCCGCCUCAGUACCCCCUUUCACACCGCAGACUGCAACCCGGCAACAUGCCGGGUUGGUGACAUCGGUGGUGAUGCGGCGUGGGCGGUUCUGGGAGAUCACAUGAUCUCCAAGCGCCAUUUGUCCACACACUGUGAACGGGAAACGGGUUGCACUGACCCGGCUCCCGUUCACACCGCACAGCGAGCUGGGUUGAACACGCGUUCAACCUUGCUCACUAGCAGGGUUGAAAUACCGGGUCGCUCAACCCGGUAUAUUGCCCCUGGUACCUUUCACACCGCACAGGAACACGGGUUAUGCGCGCUUAUGUGCCAAUAAUCCAUGUUCAAAGCUGCUGGUGUGAAAGGGGUAUAAUGGAGAGGGGGAGCGUAUUCCACUGAAGGGGUGCAGCACGGGCAAAAUCUUGAACUUGAGCAUGGGAAGCAGUGACCAGGGCAGACGAGAGGCGACGGUCAUUGGCCGUAGGGGGCGGGAGGGAGUAUGAAGGGAGAGGAGGUUGGAGAUGUAGGGAGCAGUGGAAUUAGAGAUGGACUUGUAAGUGAGGGUGAGGAGCGCUUGUCACGCCUUAAAAAUACCAAGUUUAGCCCCGUAAAGCGACCAAACCCAUCAAAAGUCUGGUUAGGGCGACCAAACUACAGGGUUAUUGCCACCUCAUGAGCCUUGUAGCAGAAAUGUGUCCACCUGCGGCAUUCGCACCCAAACGGAGCAAAAAUUUAAUUGCUCCAUUAGACACCCAAAUUUUAGGUUCCAUGACAAUAAUUGUACUAUUGCCACUGUUUUAUUAAAUAGACUUGUCAGAUUACUGUUCUUUUCUAUCAACCAUUGCACCCAACAAUAAACUGAAAGAUAAUAGUAGCGUAACAUUAUUUCUAUAUAAAAUAGUUAUAUUUCUGUACUAAAGUGUAAAAUAAGACACAUUUUGCGUUUUUUUUUUUAUUUUAGGGCAUUUUUGUAAAACAUUAUGAAAGAAAAUAUCUUUUUCUCUGCAUGUGUGUACUAAUAUAUAAAUAUAAAAGUACAUUACAUGGGAACACAAUUUUAAAAAUAUUUAUUAAUAAGACUAAAAAUAGCACUUAAUCAAUUUUGAUAAACAUCAGGACUGAAAAAAAGAUGAUGCUAUAAUUGCUGUUGCCACUGACAACAGAGGAGCCUCUAUUAAAAUAUUUUCUGAAUGAAAGAAAACACAAGAAGUGUACGAAUACAUAAAAAGUUAACUUAUUUGUUAUGCAUAAAGUUAUAUACUGUAAUUGAUACUUGCAUUAACAAGCUUUUAUGUUUCUUUGACCUAUAACAAGUGCACCUUUCACUGGAGGCCGUGUCUUUUUUGUUGACUUAACCAAUAGCCCAGGCCUGGCCAACCUGUGGCGGGUGUGGUAUGGAGGGUCGACGGUAACUAGGUCGACAGUGUCUAGGUCGACCACAAUAGGUCGACAUAGUCUAGGUCAAAAGGUCGACAUGAGUUUUUUUAUGUUUUUUUGUGUCGUUUUAUCCGUACAGUGAUGGGGAACCCCAAUAAGUGCACCGUGUCCCUUCGCUCACCAUGCUUCAGGCAAGGUGCCUUGCUCCGCUACCGAUGUGCCCGGCACAGGAUACUAUUCCCAAUCGUAGUCCACGUGGAUUGUUAAGUAUGAAAAAGUUUUUAAAAAAAAAAGAGAAGUAUGAAAAACUCAUGUCGACCUUUUGACCUGUCGACCUAGAAUAUGUCAACCUAGAGACCCUGUCGACCUAGAAACCCUGUCGACCAAUAGUAGUCGACCUAGAGACUGGAUACCCCUGUGGCUCUCCAGCUGUUGUGAAACUACACGUCCCAGCAUGCUCUGCUGCAGUUUUGCUAUUAGGGAAUGCUAAAAUUGUAGUAAGGCAUGCUGGGAUGUGUAGUUUCCCAACAGCUGGAGAGCCACUGGUUGUCCAGUCCUGCAAUAGCCAUUAUGAAACAAUGUGUCUCAGGUUUCAGUGUUAUCACAUGGUCCUAGUGAAUUCUCAUGGAUGUUCGCUUAGGGGUCUAUUCAAUGCAUGUCGAAUCCUCUCUGACGGAGAGGAUCCGGCAAUGCAGUAUUCAAUUUGCGGGCAAAUCCGACUGGUUUUGCCCAUUUGGAUUGACAUUGUCGAAAACGGGACUAAAACCUGUCGGAUUUGGCCGCAAAUCCGAUAAAACAUGUGGAUCUGCGGCUAAUCCGCCGAUCCACAUGUUUUCCGACAAGUCGGAAGCUGCCAUCUUUUCGUCUAGACGGCAAUUCCGACUUCAAUUGAAUUGGCCCCACAACCUACAAAAAACAUUUGCCUUUACUAUACUGUAUGUUGGUGAAUGGAGAUAGGUACUUUUAGUAUAAUAGUGCAAUGCCAACCGAGCAGUUACUAUAUUUAUUCAAUUUAGUGCAAAUCUAGCCUUGCAACCAAUCUGUCUAUAUGCUCUAUUUGUUACCAUUAUACAGUAUGACUAUUUUAGGCACACAUGGAUUUGGCCAUAAUUAACAGAUGCAAUGUAUUAUCACUCAGGAUGAGUACCAGCACCUUACGUGGGUAUGUGUCAUGAGCUAUAACUGCAGACACAAUCAGAUUGUCAUCAUUUGACAAUAAUCGCACCAGAGGUCAUUUUGCCAUCUAGACCAUAGAUAGGACUCUCUUGAUAAAUCAAUGCAGUGGCUCAUGACACACGUGCAAAUUGUAUAUAUAAUAUUAUGCUUUUUACCUUACAGAAAUAUAUUCAUAGGGAACUUGCUUGACUUACUUGUAGAGUUAUGAACAAAGCCAGGACCAAGGCAGUAAUCCAUUAUGUUUUAGAAUAGCUAGGUUACGAAGGACCGGACUAUAUAUAUAUAUCAAUUAACUCCAAAUUUGCUGAUGUGUUUAGACCAGAGGUUCCCAAACUGUGUGCCGUGGCUCCCUGGGGUGCCUCGGGACACUUGCAGGGGUGCCCUGGGUUGGUGGUCCAGGACUAAUUCAAAUAAUUCAUGGUCAAUAUAAUAGGCAAAACCAGUGCUGGUGGCUGCCAGUCAUAAAAUAUGUGGCCAAACAGAAGCAAAUCUUGUCCCUCACCACACAACUGACACUAAGGAUGACAUAUAAACGCGAUCUACUUAAUGUAAUAUUUCUCUAUCGUCCUAAGUGGAUGCUGGGGUUCCUGAAAGGACCAUGGGGAAU